CUUCAAUCCUAGUUCACUCACAUGUCGCAAUUUUUAAAAGUACAACCAGCACCUUUGAUUGAAGUUUUCCAUGUAAAUACAGCUUAUCAUGAAGAUAAAAAUCCUCAAAAAGUUAAUUUAAGUGUAGGAGCUUUUAGAACUGAUUCCUGCAAACCCUGGAUUUUACCUGUGGUAAAAAAAGCAGAGGAAAUUUUAGCCAAGGAAAUUAACGAAGAAAUUAUAAAUCAUGAAUAUCUGCCUAUCAAAGGCCUUGAAAGUUUUUGUCAUGCAGCCACAACUCUUUUACUUGGGAAAAAUGAUGAAAACAUAUUGAAUAAAAAGGCUCAAGGUGUUCAGGGCAUAAGUGGCACUGGCAGUUUAAAAAUAGCUUUAGAUUUUUACAAGGAGGUAAUGGGAGCAUCUGUUUUGUAUGUGCCAAUACCAACUUGGGAAAAUCAUAAAUUAAUGGGGAAAAAUUGUCAUUAUGCUGAAAUUAAGGAAUAUAGAUAUUGGAAUGCCAAAGAAAAAAACUUUGAUUUAGAAGGAAUGAUGCAAGAUUUAAAAGAAGCGCCAGCCAAUUCAGUUGUAAUAUUACAUGGUUGUUCUCAUAACCCUACCGGUAUCGACCCUACUCCAGAACAAUGGGGAAGCAUAAUUAAAUUAUUUCAGGAUCCAUCCCAUCCAUUGUACCUUCUUUUCGAUAUAGCUUAUCAAGGAUUCGCCUCGGGUGAUCCAGAUAAAGACGCUUACGCUGUCAGGCUUUUUGCUUCUAAAGGAAUCGAAUUUUUUGCCGCUCAAUCUUUCGCUAAAAAUUUCGGGCUAUACAAUGAAAGGAUAGGUAACUUAACUGUCUUAACCAGUUCUCCAGAGACGACUAAGCGUGUGAUAUCUCAAAUGGUUAUCUUAAUUAGGGGCAACUAUUCUAACCCGCCAGCCCACGGUGCUCAGAUAGUGGAAAAAGUUUUAAACGAUCAAUCCUUGUACCAAGAAUGGAAAGAAUGCGUCAAAAAGAUGGCUGAGAGGAUAAUAUCUAUAAGACGUGAUCUGAAGAAAUCAUUAGAUCAGAAUAAUACGCCCGGUCACUGGAAUCACAUUACAGAUCAGAUAGGGAUGUUUAGCUUUACUGGAUUAACGCCCAAGCAGGUUCAACAUCUGAGGGACGAAUGGCAUAUUUACAUGCUAAAUAAUGGUCGUAUUAGUUUAUGUGGUCUGAAUAAAGAUAAUGUUGAAUAUGUUGGCAAAGCUAUAUGCGAGACACUCAAGAUUAUUCCAAAUGAAAUAUAUCCAUAAGGAAUGUUUUCUUUUAAAAUUUAAUUAAUUUAAAAAAAGUGAUUAAUAAAAUUCCUCCAAAUCCUUCACUUAUGUAUUUUAUCUACACAAUCUUAUAAAUUUUUUUUGGAGAUAAUUAAAUUUUAUUACGCAAAUAAUUUACAAAUAAUUUUUUUUGGUAUCGUUUCAAUUACAAAACAAUUAAUUAAUCGAUAAAAGAAUGUUUAUAAUAAUUUAUUUAAUUUGACUUUAAAGAGGUUAUAAUCAUUUCGCAAUAUACACCCUUUUUUUAAAAAAAAUAUUAUAAUUUUAAUCUAGAAUACUUUAAAAUUUCAAUGUCAAAAAUUCUAGUCAUUCAAGUUAACAGGCUCUACUUUCACUUACUUUUUUGCCCGUAAUAUUGUUACUAAGUCGCAUCAACAUUUUAGCUCUUUUUACUUUAGAUAUAAUCAAAUGGUAUUCUGAUACUCUAUUCUGGCCCUAUCUCUAUAGAUAAUUCAGUUUUACUUGUUCCAGUAGGUAGCUAAUGGUAUUACUGUUAUUCUUUUUGUUAAAUAAUUAAAUAUAAAUUCCUCUUUUCUAAUCUGAUCUACAAAACUGUAAGAUAAUGGCAACAUUCCUUUACAUAUAAAUCAAAGCGUGACCCAUUUUUUAAACUAAUGUGAUAGAUGAUAUUAUCUUAAUUUCAGAAAGGGCAAAUUUUUUUUAUAAAAAAUUAUAAUUUUUUACAUUUUGUUUAAUUCAUUCAUUCAUUUUUUUUUCUAAUCGCUCAAAUGUGUCUGA